UAGUUUAAAUCACAUGGUGGAUGCGGGCGUGUGGCUGCGUUAGGAAUAGGCUGGUGGUUAUUGGAAUUUCUCUCUGGGUGCCAGAACUCGAAACUGACCUGGAGGAUGUCGGGCUUAAAGAACAUGCCCUGGCGGCGGCUACAGGGCAUUUCUUUCGGGAUGUAUUCGGCCGAAGAGCUCAAGAAAUUAAGUGUUAAGUCCAUUACGAACCCUAGGUACCUGGACAGCCUGGGGAACCCCUCAGUGAACGGCCUGUACGAUUUAGCUCUGGGUCCUGCGGAUUCCAAGGAGGUGUGCGCCACCUGCGUGCAAGACUUCAACAACUGCUCCGGCCACCUGGGCCACAUUGAGCUCCCGCUCACUGUGUACAACCCUCUCCUCUUCGACAAACUCUACCUGUUGCUCCGGGGCUCCUGUUUAAACUGCCACAUGCUGACUUGCCCCCGGGCUGUGAUUCACCUCCUGGUCUGCCAGCUGAGAGUUCUGGAAGUUGGAGCCCUUCACGCAGUAUUCGAGCUGGAGAGAAUUCUGAACAGGUUUCUGGAAGAAAACCCCGAUCCUACUGCCUUUGAAAUUCAGGAGGAGUUAGAACAAUAUACAACCAAAAUUGUACAGAACAAUCUCUUGGGAUCUCAAGGUGCACAGGUGAAAAAUGUCUGUGAGAGCAAGAGCAAACUCAUUACUCACUUCUGGAAGACACAUAUGACUGCUAAGCGAUGUCCGCACUGCAAGACUGGGCGAUCACUUGUCCGAAAGGAGCACAACAGCAAACUGACAAUCACAUACCCAUCCAUGGUGCACAGGAAAGCUGACCAGAAGGGCACGGAGCCCCUGGCUCCAGGAAUCGAGGAAGCUCAGAUGGGAAAACGAGGGUACCUGACACCCACCAGUGCACGAGAGCAUCUUACUGCCCUCUGGGAGAACGAAGGAUUCUUUCUGAAUUUCCUUUUUUCGGGACUGGAAGAUGUUGGGAUGGAGUCCAGAUUCAAUCCCACUGUGUUCUUUCUGGAUUUUUUGGUGGUGCCCCCCUCAAGGUAUCGCCCUGUCAAUCGCCUGGGGGACCAGAUGUUUACCAAUGGCCAGACGGUGAACUUGCAGGCUGUCAUGAAGGACAUAGUUCUGAUACGAAAGCUUCUGGCGUUGAUGGCCCAAGAACAGGAGCUGCCAUGUGAGGUCACAGCACCUGCCACAGAUGAGGAAAAAGACUCCUCGAGUGCUAUGGACCGAUCCUUUUUGAGUAUGCUUCCAGGCCAGUCCCUCACAGACAAACUUUACAACAUUUGGAUUCGCCUUCAGAGCCACGUCAACAUUGUGUUUGAUAGUGAGAUGGACAAAUUAAUGAUGGAAAAAUACCCUGGCAUUCGACAGAUCCUAGAGAAGAAGGAUGGCUUAUUCCGGAAGCACAUGAUGGGAAAGCGAGUAGACUAUGCAGCCCGCUCGGUCAUCUGCCCAGACAUGUACAUCAACACCAACGAAAUUGGAAUCCCCAUGGUGUUUGCCACAAAACUGACCUACCCUCAGCCAGUUACCCCCUGGAACGUUCAGGAACUGAGGCAAGCAGUCAUCAACGGCCCCAAUGUGCACCCUGGAGCUUCCAUGGUCAUCAACGAGGAUGGCAGUCGCACCGCCUUGAGUGCCGUGGACCUAACCCAGCGGGAAGCCGUGGCCAAACAGCUCCUGACACCAGCCACGGGGGCACCAAAGCCCCAGGGCACAAAAAUUGUGUGCCGGCAUGUGAAAAACGGGGACAUUCUCCUACUGAACCGGCAGCCCACCCUGCACAGACCCUCCAUCCAGGCACAUCACGCCCGCAUCCUGCCGGAAGAGAAAGUCCUCCGGCUCCACUAUGCCAACUGCAAGGCCUAUAACGCCGACUUUGAUGGAGACGAGAUGAACGCCCACUUACCCCAGAGUGAACUGGGCCGGGCCGAGGCCUGUGUCCUGGCCUGCACCGAUCAGCAGUACCUAGUUCCCAAGGAUGGCCAGCCAUUGGCGGGGUUGAUCCAAGAUCACAUGGUUUCGGGUGCAAACAUGACCAUUCGAGGUUGCUUUUUCACCCGGGAGCAGUACAUGGAACUGGUGUACCGAGGACUCACAGACAAAGUGGGGCACGUGAAGCUCUUUCCUCCUGCCAUUCUGAAGCCUCGCCCACUGUGGACAGGAAAACAGGUUGUGUCGACACUGCUCAUAAACAUCAUCCCAGAGGAGUACAUCCCGCUGAACUUAUUGGGGAAGGCAAAGAUCACCGGGAAAGCCUGGGUGAAGGAGACUCCUCGGCCUGUCCCCGGCUUUAACCCAGACUCCAUGUGCGAGUCCCAGGUGAUCGUCAGGGACGGGGAGCUGCUCUGCGGGGUGCUGGACAAAGCACACUACGGGAGCUCCGCCUACGGCCUGGUCCACUGCUGCUAUGAGAUCUACGGGGGGGAGACCAGUGGCAAGAUCCUGACCUGCCUGGCCCGCCUCUUCACUGCCUACCUACAGCUCUACAGAGGCUUCACCUUGGGCGUGGAAGAUAUUUUGGUUAAGCCAGAGGCAGAUGUCAAGAGAUACAAGAUCAUUGACGAGUCCACCCACUGCGGGCUCCGGGCUGUCAGGGCUGCGUUCAACCUGCCAGAAACGGCGUCAUGUGAUGAGAUCCGAGAGAAAUGGCAGGAUGCCCAUCUGAGCAAAGACCAGAGGGAUUUCAACGUGAUCGAUCUCAAGUUCAAGGAGGAAGUGAACCAUUACAGUAAUGAGAUUAACAAGGCGUGCAUGCCGUUUGGCCUGCACAGACAGUUCCCAGACAACAACCUGCAGAUGAUGGUGCAGUCUGGAGCCAAAGGUUCAACCGUGAACACCAUGCAGAUCUCAUGCCUGCUGGGCCAGAUUGAAUUGGAAGGUCGGAGACCCCCUCUGAUGGCAUCUGGCAAGUCACUGCCCUGCUUUGAGCCUUAUGAAUUCACUCCCAGGGCUGGCGGCUUCGUCACUGGCAGGUUCCUCACUGGCAUCAAGCCUCCUGAGUUCUUUUUUCACUGCAUGGCAGGGCGAGAGGGUCUGGUCGACACCGCUGUGAAAACCAGCCGCUCUGGCUAUCUCCAAAGGUGCAUCAUCAAGCACCUGGAGGGGUUGGUCGUCCAGUAUGAUCUGACAGUGCGUGACAGUGAUGGCAGCGUGGUACAGUUCCUGUAUGGGGAGGACGGCCUGGAUGUCCCCAAGACACAGUUCCUGCAGCCCAAGCAGUUCCCCUUUCUCGCCAGCAACUACGAGGUAAUAAUAAAAUCAAAGCAUCUCCAUGAAGUUUUAUCCAGAGCAGAUCCCCAAAAAGCUCUCCGCCACUUCAGAGCCAUCAAAAAAUGGCAGAGCAAGCAUUCUAACGCCUUGCCGAGAAGAGGUGCCUUCUUGAGUUAUUCCCAGAAAGUUCAGGAAGCUGUGAAGGCCUGGAACCUCCAGGGCACCAACCAGCAUGGCCGUAGCCCCGGGACUCAGCAGAUUUUGACAAUGUGGGGUGAGUUAGAUGAGCAGAGCCGAAGGAAGUACCAGAAGAAGGCGGCUCCUUGUCCUGACCCCAGCCUAUCUGUGUGGCGCCCAGACAUCUACUUUGCAUCGGUGUCAGAAACAUUUGAAAAAAAGAUGGACGACUACCAUUGUGAGUGGGCAGCUCAAGCAGAGAAGAGUUAUGAGAAGUCAGAGCUUUCUCUCGACAGUCUGAGGACCCUGCUGCAGCUGAAGUGGCAGCGCGCGCUGUGUGAGCCGGGUGAGGCGGUGGGCCUGCUGGCUGCCCAGAGCAUCGGGGAGCCCUCCACACAGAUGACCCUCAACACCUUCCACUUUGCCGGCAGAGGCGAGAUGAACGUCACCCUGGGCAUUCCGAGGUUGAGGGAGAUUCUCAUGGUGGCCAGUGCCAACAUCAAGACCCCCAUGAUGAGCGUGCCCGUGCUCAACACCAAGAAAGCACUGAAGAGAGUGAAAAGCCUGAAGAGGCGGCUCACCAGGGUGUGCUUAGGGGAGGUGUUGCAGAAAAUUGAUGUCCAGGAGUCCUUCUCUAUGGGAGUAAAACAGAACAAGUUCCGGGUGUACCAGCUGCGGUUUCAGUUUUUGCCACAUGAAUAUUAUCAGCAGGAGAAGUACCUGAAACCUGAGGACAUCCUGCACUUCAUGGAAACAAGAUUCUUUAAAAUUCUGAUGGAAUCCAUCAGAAAGAAGAAUAACAAAGCAUCAGCUUUCAGGAGCGUGAACACUCGAAGAGCUACCCAGCGGGAUGUAGACAACAUUGGGGAGUCAGAGAGGAAUCAGGGAGGGCAAGAAGGUGAUGAGGAAGAGGAGGGGCACGUCGUGGACGCUGAAGCCGAGGAGGGAGAUGCGGAUGCCUCUGAUGCCAAACGCAAGGAGAAGCAAGAGGAAGAGGUCGACUAUGAGAGUGAGGAAGAGGAGGAGAAGGAGGGGGAGGAGAACGACGAGGAGGAUGUGCAGGAGGAAGGAAACGCCCCUGGAGAAGGUGCCCACAGGGCGCAGGAGCCGGAUGAAGACAUGGGCUCGGGCCCCGAGGAGGACUCGCCCCCUGCCGCACCCCUGACACAGCCCCGGACACCCCGCUGCAGCCAGGAGCCCCAGGGAGCCGAGGCCAUGGAGCGCCGGGUACAGGCCGUGCGUGAAUCGCACCCGUUCAUUGAGGACUACCAGUAUGACACCGAGGAGAGCCUGUGGUGCCAGGUGACAGUGAAGCUCCCUCUCAUGAAGAUUAACUUUGACAUGAGCUCCCUGGUGGUGUCCUUGGCCCACACUGCUGUCAUCUAUGCGACAAAGGGCAUCACGAGGUGCCUCCUGAAUGAAACCAACACCGGCAAGAACGAGAAGGAGCUUGUCUUAAACACAGAAGGAAUCAACCUGCCAGAGCUAUUCAAGUACGCCGAGAUUCUGGAUUUGCGCCGCCUCUAUUCCAACGAUAUCCACGCGAUGGCCAGCACGUAUGGCAUCGAGGCCGCACUGCGUGUGAUCGAAAAGGAGAUCAAGGACGUGUUUGCUGUGUACGGCAUUGCCGUCGAUCCCCGCCAUCUCUCCCUGGUCGCCGACUACAUGUGCUUCGAGGGUGUUUACAAGCCCCUGAACCGCUUUGGGAUCCAGUCAAACUCAUCCCCUCUGCAGCAGAUGACGUUUGAAACCAGCUUCCAGUUCCUGAAGCAGGCCACCAUGAUGGGAUCCCAUGAUGAGCUGAGGUCGCCUUCCGCCUGCCUCGUGGUUGGGAAGGUGGUCAGGGGCGGGACAGGCCUGUUCGAGCUCAAGCAGCCCCUGCGAUAGCGGCACCACAGCGGCGUCUGCCUGGCCUGGCCUGGCCUGGAGCGUGGCCCAGAGGACCCGAGGGAGGGCCUAGCCUGGCCGGACCUGCCCUUCACACGAGAGGACCAGGAGACCAGAAAGCCGGGCAGUUGCAAGUAACAGUGCAGAGCACAGCAGUGAUUUUGGGGGUUCUAAAAAGCAUCUGGCAUCGGGGCUGGGCCAGCUUCACCGGGAAAAUGGUAGCAUAGCUUUUUUUUUUUUGGCCCCUCAUUAUCUCAGGGUAUAAACAAGGUUCACCAAGUGCCCGGAAUCCCUCUGGCGUGGCAGGGCCUUCCCCUGUGCUCUAGGAGGCUCCAGAAGCAAAUCCUUGGCCCCUGCAGUGUAGGGAGGUGAGGGUCUGUUGCUGUGAGCAGCCAGUGACUGGGGCCUCUUGAGCAGGAACAAGGAGCCUGCUGCCCCCCAGCUGCUCCUCCUGCCGCUCCCGCCCCUCGGGACAAUUCCCAAAGCCUCUCCACCCAAGGCUCUUUCCCUGGGCCAAGCACAGGGUGGCACACACCCCCACCCACCCAGCUUCUGUGCCUGGGGCAGCGCCUUGGCCCUGCUGGCAGGUGGCCACAUGUCCUUGGAGACCAGAUCAGCCCUGAGUCUGGGGCUGGUCUCUCCAGGGCCCCAGCAGCUCAUCCCCACACAUAAAAGCCUGAGUCGCCAGCCAGGCUGCACUGUUUGAACGAGUUGUUGGCUGUCUUUCCCUGGCUCUGCUCUGAGCCCAGUGGUGAGGCCGUGUCUCCCUCUGCAGGCCCUGUUCUGCCUGGGGUCGUCCGGCCUCCCUUGACCUCUGGCACCACCACAAGGGGCCCUGGCAUGAACAGACAAGUCAGAGGACUUGUACAAAGGCAUUGUAAAACCAGGUGGUUCUAUUUUUGUCUAAUGUUAUUCCAGCUCAGGCUGAAUAAUAAACAUCACUGGAACUAGCUAUUGGAAGAGGAAAAAAAAAUGUAAAACUUGGCUUUUUUUUGUUGUCGUUUUUUUCUUGGUUUGUGGUUUCUGUAUUUAUGAUUUGAGAGCUCAGGACUCGAGUUUCUCAACACAUUCACAUCUUGGGUCCUCUUCCUGUUUUUAGCAGAGGACGUG